AAUAAUACAUACAAAUAUAACCAACCAAACUCCAUAGUUACAAAAUCAAAAUGGCGAAUCCGCUUCUCAUCUUCUUCCUCUUCACCUUAUCUCUAGCUCCGCCCUAUUCCGCCGCCGCACCCCCACCGCCCGCCGCCGCCUGCAAAUCCACCCCCCACCGCGAGCUAUGCCUCUCCAUCCUCUCCGCAUCCAAUUCCGACAACUACGCCAAAUUCUCCGUAAAGCAAUGCCUCCAACACUCGAGAAAACUAUCCGAUUCGAUCGCCGAUUUUGCCGCCAAGCAGGAGCUGCUCAUGAGCUAUUCCGAGACCGCCGCGCUCGACGACUGCCGGCAGCUCCAGGAGCUGAGCGCCGCCUACUUGGAGCUCAUCGCCGUCGAGCUCAAAUCCGCCGCCGCCAAUCUCAGCGAGGCGCUGGCCUGCCGGCUGCAGACCUUGCUCAGCGCCGUCGUCACCAAUCACCAGACGUGCUACGACGGGCUGGUGGAGGUCGGCAGCGCGCUGGCGGCGCCGCUGGGAGAUGCUGCGGCGGUGUACAGCGUGUCGCUGGGACUGGUGACGCAUGCAUUCAGCCGCAAAGGGCCACGGCCUAGCGGGGCCGUGGCUGCGGAGUUGGAUUGGGCACGUUACCCCACUUCCGACCUUUUCGAGACGAUACAUUUGGGUAAGAAAGGAAGAAUUGUGGAGGAAUUAUGGGAGCAAGGAAUUCACGUAAACGCCACCGUCACCGUCAGCCCCUACGGCGGCGCUAACUUCACGUCGAUAAACGACGCCGUCGCCUCCGCCCCCAACAACUCCGCCGUGGAAGACGGCUACUUCGUCAUCUACGCCAAGCAAGGCUACUACCAGGAAUACGUCGUCGUCCCCAGACACAAGAAGAACAUUAUGCUCGUCGGAGACGGCAUCAACGCCACCGUCAUCACCGGAAACCGGAGCGUCGUCGACGGCUGGACAACCUUCAACUCCGCCACCUUCAUUGUGUACGGGGAGCGGUUCGUGGCGAUGGGGAUAUCGUUCGAGAACACGGCGGGGCCGGAGAAGCACCAGGCGGUGGCGGUGCGGAACAGCGCGGACAUCUCGAGCUUCUACCGGUGCAGCAUAGCGGGGUACCAGGACACCCUCUACGCCCACUCCAUGCGCCAGUUCUACCGCGAGUGCGACAUCUCCGGCACCGUCGACUUCAUCUUCGGGAACGCCGCCGCCGUCUUCCAGAGCUGCAAUCUCUACGGGCGGGCGGGGCUCCCGAACCAGAAGGUGGCGUUCACGGCUCAGGGUCGGAGCGACCCGAACCAAAACACCGGGAUCUCGAUCCAAAAUUGCACGGUGACAGCAGCGGCGGCACCGUCGCCGGCGGAGAGCUACUUGGGGCGGCCGUGGAAGCAAUACUCCCGAACGGUGUACAUGGAAUCGUACAUCGGUGAGCUGAUAAAUCCGGUGGGGUGGCUAGAAUGGAACGGCACCGCCGGAUUGGACACGCUCUACUACGGUGAGUAUCGGAAUUAUGGGCCCCGCGCCGACACCGCCAUGAGAGUGAAGUGGCCUGGCUAUACCGUUAUGAAUGCUACGGAGGCUUUGGAUUUUACAGUCUUUAAUUUUACCAUGGGAGAGACAUGGUUGCCUUCUACCAACAUACCUUUCCAUGGAGGAUUGGUGGUUUCACCAUGAUCAUAUAUUUAUUUAUUUAUUACUUGCUAGCUACAUAAUUAUGAUGAAUCUUUCAAUAUAGGAUUAAUUGUCUAUAAAUACACGAAUUAUAUUUAAAUUUUAA